AUGGCUAUUGACAAAUUCAAGCCGGACAUAGUUGCAAUUAAUGAAUCUUGGCUAAAAGAGGGUCAGGAGCUUUGUGCCCCAGCUGCGCCUGGCUAUCGACUGUACCACGUCUCACGUCCUAUCCAUAUGAAGGGUGGCAAGGGGGGUGGAGUAGCUUUCUAUGUGAAACGUAAUGUGCGAGUUCGUAUCCUAAAACACCCCAUUGCAAACAUCGAGCAAAUGUGGCUUUCUACUCGAAUAAACGGCGCCGAAGUAUUGGUAGGUACAGCCUAUAGACCCGACUGGAUAGGUGUUGACCCUUUCUUGGACGCUUUGACAGAAUCAAUCAUGUAUUUUUCUAAUUUUGACUAUGUUGCUCUAUUGGGAGAUUUUAAUAUUGACAUGUCCGAUAACUCUAAUACAAAUAGGCCGCGGGUUGUGGAGUUUAUAGAAUAUCUGGAACUUAAACAGAUUAUCACUGAGCCAACACAUCUCUCUCGCUUGCCGAAUAAAACUUUGAAAGAAACCCUUAUUGAUCUCAUCUGCACGAAUGUACCGAUUCAUCAUGUUUCAGUUACAAACAUAACAGCAUCGUUAGGACACUAUUUUAUUUGUACUGAGUUAUUAUUAAAAAAACCUAAAGAUCCUCCGCGAUUUAUCGUAUCCAGAGCCAUAAAGAGCAUUGACGUCAAUGCGUUUGACCGUGAUCUUAACGAUAUCGAUUGGGAGUCAGUAAAAAACCAGCCUAGUGUUGAUUUAAUGGUUGAAAAGUUCAAUCACAAGUUGUUGGCACUUUUUGACAAGCACGCACCGCUCAAAUUGAGAAAGGCUAAGCCUAAUCAUUCGCUACCCUGGGUUACUGGCACAUAUAUCAGUAAAGAAGAUCACUUUUUUUAUAACAAUCAUAAAUUUAAUGAUUCCUCUAAAUUUAAUCUAGAAACUGUAACUGAAUGUGAUGUAGCAAAUUUUAUAUUUUCCAUUAAAUCUAAUGCGAUUGGCCCGGAUGGUAUAAGCAGAGAUAUGGUAUUACUAACACUUCCAAAUUCUUUAGAUGCUAUAACCCAUAUUAUUAAUACCUCUAUUGUUACUGGUACUGUUCCCUGUUUCUGGAAAAGAGCCUUGGUUACACCAAUACCCAAAACAUCUAAACCUUCUAGUUACAGUGAUCUUAGACCCAUUAGUAUAUUGCCUUAUCUAUCAAAAAUUUUGGAGAAGUCCGUACAAACUCAGUUGGUCAAGUUUUUGGAAGCGAAUAAUGUGCUGCCCGUACUACAGUCUGGAUUCCGACGCAACCAUGGGACUACUACAGCACUCUUGGACGUCACUGACAACAUCCUUGCUGCACAAGACAGGGGACAGUGUACAAUAUUGACGUUAUUAGACUUUUCUCGUGCGUUCGAUAGCUUGAAUAUUGAAUUACUUCUGUCUAAGUUGGCGUAUUAUGGUUUGGACCCUUCUUCGGUCGCUUGGUUCAGGUCAUUUUUGGGCGGUCGAUCUCAGUCUGUCAAAUUGGCUCGGGAGAAUGGGUUGUGCCUUUUUUCGCAAUCUUUGCCCGUAAAACAUGGAGUUCCUCAGGGCUCAAUUCUUGGGCCUCUACUGUUUAUUAUAUUUAGUGCUGACAUUACCCGGGUGAUAAAACAUUGCAAGUACCACCUCUAUGCCGACGACGUACAACUGUAUAUUUCUGACGUUCCAAAUAACAUUUCUCAAGCAGUUAUUAAAUUGAAUGAAGACUUAGGGAGGAUUGCUGAGUGGUCUCUGAGAAACUCACUGACCCUUAACCCCAAAAAAUCGAACUAUAUAGUACUUGGCUCUAGAUUUCAACUGGCUAGUAUCAUAAAUGAAGAUCUGGGGGUAAAAAUUGGUAACGAUGUUAUAAGCAGGGCAAUGGAAGUUAGAAACCUGGGGUUGAUAGUGGAUCCGCAGUUACGCUUUGAAAGUCACGUCGCAAGUUUGGUUAAAAGUUGUUUCUAUCGCCUUAAAGUAAUAUACAAAAUUCGAAAUUUGUUAACAGAAGAAGUUCGUAUUCGACUCUGCGAGACGUUGAUCCUUUCGAGGCUUAACUUCGGUGACAUUGUCUAUGGUCCUCGGCUACUUUGUAAAACACAGCGCCUCAUUCAGCGUAUCCAAAACGCCUGCGCUCGUUUUUGUUUCAAUAUUCCACCCCGCAGUCAUAUCUCACCAUAUUUAAUCAGAGCUACAAUGUUGAAUAUGGAAACGCGGAGACAAUUACAUUUAGCCAGCCUUAUGUUCGGAGUUAUGAAGUUCCAUAAGCCUAACUAUCUUUUCUCUAAGCUGAUAUUUUUUCGAUUUCGUGGUAGAUCUGGGCCAUGUAGGUCCACUCGCCCGAUACUGUCAGUACAGCCACAUAAAACCGUAGCCUUCGAGGGAAGUUUCCGCCACCAGGCAACGAGGUGCUGGAAUGAUAUACCACCGCCUAUACGCCUGCUUAGUUCUAUUUAUUCUUUUAAAAAGAACCUUAAAUCCUUUCUACGUGAAAAACAAGCACUCGGUAUACCGAAACGCUUGCGGUUGGGAUUCUUCUCGUGA